CCAGAUUUCUAACAUCGCGACAAUAACAGCAACAACAGUACACUUUGCACUCUUAGGACAUCAGGUCAAUCACACAGACUAGAAGAAAUGGCAAAGGUGUCGGUGUAUACGCCAUUGGCGUAUUUGGUGCUGCUGGUGACGGCGCUGGCAUUGUUUUCGACGGUGUACAGACGGAGGAAGGUGCACAGGCUGGUGAAUCUGGAGCCGUGGUUCGGACAGCAUGUCGAGCGCGAUAUCUACUACACACUCAAGACCCAGAGCGAACCCAAGGUGCCGGAGAAGAUGCUGAAGGCGGCGCUGCUGCGGAGGGCGGCAGAGAACGUGCGGAGGAUUGUCUCGCUACAGGAGAGCAAGCCCGCGCUGGCGGAGCUACACCAACGAGGCGCGGUGGGCGAUGAGCUAUGGACGCGGUUUCUAGCAGCAGAGAAGAUUAUGGACGCGGAGGUGAUGGAGUGCGCUGGAGAGGCGAAUGCGCUGAAGGAAGGGUGGCCCCAGAUCAUGUUCCAGACGGCGGCGGAGAUGGUGCAGAACGACAAGAUACGGGUGCGACUGGAGAAGGUGCCGGCGCAGCAGGAGCAGGCGCGGCAGGAGGUGGAGAGGCUACGGGCGCGGGCUACGGCGGAGUUGGAGGGGUGAAUGUAUUGAAUGUAUUGAGAUCAGAGAGAUCUAUGGAGGAGGUUAGUAGAGGGUAGAAGUAUUACUGUAUUAUUACUAAUCAACAUUACAUAAUCCAUUACGAAGAGGUGACUCUGUGCAGAAACGAGUCGCGGCGAGUCGAGACGAGUGGUGGCGGUGGAAGCGACACAGAUGUUGAUGAGUAGAAUACAUAAUGCAAGAACUGAUGUUGUUGUUGUUGAUACUAUUAGUAUUCUAUUCUAUUCUACUACUAUUAUAUACCACUACUAUCAUAUAACUACAAUACAAUACACAUACUACAACACUAUCAGAAGCACCCGCAGUUAAAAAUAGGACUCGACCAAAAGAAACCCUAAUUUGCCGGGGC